UUUUGGGUUUUUUGUCGGAUAGGAUUCGAAAACGAUUGUCAUCAUCUAAAGCGUGGAGAGAAAUAUGUAGCGUCGUAAUGUCCUAUGCAUCGAGACAUAUCGGAUGAUUUCCACUUCAUAAGUUUAUUUUAGCUUCUGAAUACGAAGCAUUUAUAACCAAUUCAAGGAUUAUUGAAGAUGGGAAACAUCUUCACAAAUCUCUUCAAAGGCCUUUUCGGUAAGAAGGAAAUGCGAAUUUUAAUGGUUGGUUUGGAUGCAGCGGGAAAAACUACAAUCCUGUAUAAAUUGAAACUUGGAGAAAUUGUUACAACAAUUCCUACAAUUGGGUUUAAUGUUGAAACAGUAGAAUACAAAAAUAUAUCAUUCACAGUAUGGGAUGUUGGAGGUCAGGACAAAAUACGACCUUUAUGGAGACAUUAUUUUCAGAAUACUCAGGGUCUAAUAUUUGUUGUGGACAGCAAUGACCGUGAACGUGUAGGUGAGGCUCGGGAGGAAUUAAUGCGGAUGUUGGCCGAGGACGAAUUGAGAGAUGCUGUCUUGCUUGUUUUCGCUAAUAAACAAGAUCUACCGAAUGCGAUGAAUGCAGCAGAAGUAACUGAUAAACUUGGUUUGCACACACUUCGUAAUCGUAAUUGGUAUAUCCAAGCAACAUGUGCAACGUCUGGCGAUGGCCUCUAUGAAGGACUUGAUUGGCUGAGCAAUCAGCUGAAGAAUAGAUCCUGAAGUGUGCGGAAAACUGUAUACAAUUUUUUAUGCUCGUCAACUGAAUUCGUUUUGUAUGGAUUGAUUUACAAAAACUUCCAGAAGUGCUGCUCGUAGCAAAAUUAGUAUGUUUCAAAGCUGCUUUAAGUUCAGUUCUAGUAUAUUCUCUUGUCCCCUUGUUCAUAUCAAUUCAAGUUGCGUAAAAAACCUCCACUCUUAGUUCAGAUACAGCAUUUUUUUCAUUUUUCUAGAAUUUUUUUUGUUGGAAUUU